AGUUCUUGGGGUGGGGGAGAGGGGCAGACGGCUCCCUGGGAUCCAUUCGCCACCCGCACAGAUGAAGGGGCUGCUAGUUCUGGGCUUGGGCUUGGUGGCCCUGGCUGCGGCUAGCGAUUUGACGCUGCAGGAGAGGGUGGUGGACUUGGUGCUGGAGGAUUUUCACAACAAGAAAUUCGUGCAAUGGGUGUACAAGAAACAGGCCGUGGAAGACGUCACUGAAACAGAGUAUCCGGCGGGGCCCUUUGUGCGGCUGCGGGUCAGGCUCCAGCAGACCCAGUGCCGGAACCAGCCGGGGAGCAGACAGGACUGCGCCCUCAAACGCAGAGGGAGGAAGCAGAUCUGCCUGGCUUGUGUCAAGUUUGACUCCCGCAGCGGGGAAAAGGUGCUGGGUAGCUACACGCACUGCAGGAUGGAGAAGCAGCAGCCUGAGAAGGAGAUGGAGACGAGACACGAGCAGGAGUGCAGCACUGUGCAGGAGACGGGCGAAGCGCCCUACCAUCCCGGCGUCUUUGCCUUCUCCAGAGGGUUGCCAUCCUAGCCAGGGCGCCUCCCCCACAUCCACAGCAUGCCUGGGCACCUCUGGGACCCUUGACCCGCGGAAGGACGCUGCUAUCGGCGCUGCCCAGCGGAGACCCGGCGACCACCCCUGCCCGUCAGACACUGCGCCCGCUCCAGCACCAGGCCGGGCAGAGCUGCCUGGCCAAUGGAUCCUGCUGCUCCUUCUCCCCACCCCCGCCUCGCUCAGCUCCAUCGCCCGGCUGUUCAUCCCCAAUAAAGCCAGAGCCCCACUU